GUGGAGCCCAUCUCGUUCCACGAGUCGUCGCUGCUGGACAAGGCGCUCAAGGGCCCGGCGGCUGCGGCCAUGGGCACCAGGCCGCAGAUGAUGGGGGCGGACGGAGGAGCCGUGCUGCACCUGACCAUCUACUUGCCCACGAGGGACGAGAUGAAGAUCGAUCUGUAUGACGUGUCGACGGUGGACGAAGCGAUCCAGGAGCUGCUGAGGGUGCACCAGGCGGAGACGCGUCAGCCGCCGCUGUAUUACGGGCACCCGGAGUGCUACGAGCUCCGACUGCACGACUCGGACGGCAUUCCGGAUGAGGACUUCCCAGCUCUUGACCGGUCUCGGAAGAUCAAAAACUUCGGUGAUGCGGGAGGCCACGAGUACUGUCUGUGUGAGCGACCGGAUGCGUGCCCGCCGUCGGGCGACGCACCUGCUGAUGUCGCUGCACCUGCCGCAGCGGCGAAGCCGAGCGCUGCAGCCGCCAAGGCGCCACUGCCCAACGACAAGGCUUUCCUCAAAAUCUUCAUGCCGAAGAGCGACGACUACACUGUGGUGGCUAUCGACGGCACCACAGUCGGCCAAGAUCUGCUACCGACUCUUAACAAAAAGCACAGGCUUCAGCUCUUCCAGGAGCUUUAUGUGCUUAAGAUCAGCGAGGCAGACCGCGAACGUCUGGACCUCGCAAGUGAUGAGAUCGACAUGCACACCAAGCUGCGGCCGCUGAAUCUCCACGAGGUGACGCUAGCAACGAAAAUCUUCGCCGAUGCACCUCAGAUCUCUGCACCAGCGCCGUCAGCAGUGGAGGAGACCGCGAAUGUGGACAGUCGUUCCCGUCCUCCUCCAGAGACGUUUAUGUUCAACGAUGUUACUGCCGCAAUGUUCAAGGAGUGGCACGUUAUCAAGAAGAACAAGUAUGGUAAGAAGCAGCAGCGUAUGCUGGGCAUCGAUCUCAACAAGAUCUACAACCGCAAAGUGGGAGAGCGCGUCAUCACAUCGAGCAAGUCCACGAAGAUUGCGGAGCGGCCUAUGUCUGGCGUGGUCUGGGUGCGGUUCAACCAGGACCCGUCCGAGUUCCAGAUCUACUUCAAGGACAGCAUCGAGGAGAUCAUCACAGACUACACAGCCGACUCGCCGUAUGAAUGUGCCGAGAUCGUCGCCAAGCUCAAGUACAUUCUCUCGCGUAGGAAAUGA